ACUGUUACUGGCAUCAUUCCAAGACCCGUAUCAAAAAUCAACGAUAUAACUUUAAAGCAUAUAUACAAGAUGAUAACAGACAAUCUUGGAAUAGAAUUGACCAAGAAAACCAAGAGAAUUGUUAACACAUGUACCAAGGUCAUAUGUGAUCAACUGGCAGCUCUUCCAUCUGUUCAGGAUCUUGGAACAAACCCUGGCUGGUCAUUGCUUCCUCAAGAGGAUAAAAACAGGCUGUGUAUCAAUCAUUCCAUCAUACUCAGAGACAAUGGAAUCGAUUUUACCAGAUGCCACAGAAACUGGGCAUCAAUUGCAAGGGUUAGCCAGCUCUGGAGAGGGCGUAAGAAGCGAGAAUACUCUGGAAUUUUAGCCAGUACGAUUCAUGAAUAA